GGUCUCUUCGCUACUUCGCUGCCUGCGCUCAUUAGGGUCGCUGGCUCCAAGCGGUUCAAGGAAUUUUGUUUCCGAGGGUGUGCGGCAAUUUGUUUCGCGGAUUUUCUAUUUUCAUCUCUCCUCAGUGAAUAUACAUAUUUGAGCUUUUCUGGUUGGAUUAAUACUCGUGCAAGCCAAGUUUGCAACCAUGACGGUCACCGAUUGUCGAAUGUAUGAGGCGCGCUACCCGGAGGUAGACGACGUCGUCAUGGUCUCGGUGAAAAAUAUCGCUGAGAUGGGUGCUUAUGUGGCACUCCUUGAAUACAACAACAUCGAGGGUAUGAUUCUCCUCUCAGAGCUGUCUCGUCGGCGUAUCCGAAGUAUCAGCAGUCUUAUUAAGGUUGGACGCCAAGAGCCCGUCAUGGUCCUCAGGGUGGACAAGGAGAAGGGAUACAUAGAUCUUAGCAAACGAAGGGUUUCUGAGGAGGACGUUGCCAGCUGUGAGGAACGUUAUAACAAAAGCAAGUUGGUGCACUCUAUCAUGCGCCAUGUCGCCGACACAAUGGAUGCUGAUUUGGAGGAUUUAUAUCAAAACGUAGCCUGGCCGCUCUACAAAAAGUACGGGCAUGCGUUUGAGGCAUUCAAGUUGAUUGUUACCGACCCAGAUUCUGUUCUCAGCGGACUUACCAAGGAAGUAAAAGAAGUGGAAGGUGAAGAAGAGGUUACUAAGACCGUGCCAGCAAUGACUGAUGCCGUAAAGGACGCUCUUAUUAUGAACAUCCGUAGGAGGAUGACCCCUCAGCCAUUGAAGAUUCGUGCUGAUAUUGAGUUGAAAUGCUUUCAGUUCGAUGGCGUUCUUCACAUCAAGGAUGCAAUGAGAAAGGCAGAGGCUGCUGGAACUGAAGAGUGUCCUGUGAAGAUUAAGUUAGUGGCACCCCCACUUUAUGUGAUCACCACACAGACACUUGACAAGGACCUUGGAAUUACAGUGUUGGAGAAUGCUAUCAAAGCUUGUACGAAAGAGAUUGAGAAGCACAAAGGAAAGCUUCUUGUCAAGGAGCCACCACGAGCGGUGAGUGAGAGAGAGGAGCGGUUCCUCGCAGAAACUAUUAAAAAUCUUCAUGAUGCGAAUGAGGAAGUGGAUGGAGACGAGGACAGUGACCAAGAGGAUCAGGGCAUGGGUAGCGUUGACGUUGAACGUGGCGGCCUGAGUGAGUAGUUUGUAGAUCGUUUGAGAACGUACCAUGUCAUAUCUCUGGUGAAAGUCUUUCAAUGAAUUUUUGACUUUUGUUCUUAGUGUUAGAUCAGCCUCGUAGCCGAAAAAUCGCUUGGCUUUUUACAACUUUCUGGGGUUUCCUAAGUACAGUUGAAAGCUAUCCUUAGUAUCGCACAGAGGAUUGGGAUGUAUUUAUCAAACUAUGAGAAACUUGCAUUUGUAUUGAAAUGACAUUGCUGGCCUAGAAUCUCGUCAUACACGUUGUAGGGAACUACAGCAAAUGAACGCAUCAAUGCGGAAGUUCAGUACUCAAUUUUUUAUAAAAGUGCUUGGGACUGCGUGGGAUGGUGCUAUUUCGUGUUCCCUUGCCUGGCUCUUCCCCCUGUCAA